AUGGAUGUGGAAGAACAAGCUGCUGACAGCAAUGGUCUCCUUGGUAUGGAGACGGUGCUGGUGAGUAAAGAAGGAGGUACAAAGACGAUGUCGACUGACCCGGAGGCUGACACUGGCAACCUGACAACACGGAAAACCAAAAAGAUGAUUUUCAAUGUCAGUGAUGUUCCACCUAUCCCAGCUACGGUGACGCUGGCCUUCCAGCACGUCCUUCAGUCUAUGGCGAACCUGCUGUCGGCAGCCAUCAUAUUCUCGGACCUCAUCUGCGCCUCCGACCAUGAAGAGAUCAAGACGAAGAUUCUUUCCACGACGAUGUUAACGACGGGACUGGCUACUUUGUUUGUGACGACAGUGGGCUGCAGGCUGCCAAUAUUUCAAGGUCCAUCCUUUACAUACGUCAUACCGUUGAUCACAAUGGGAACAAUGUCUGACUGGAGGUGCCCAAAUCAAGAGGAGCUAAGAGGCAUCUACAAUGAGACAUCAACGAACUACACGCUGAACCCUCGGGGGAUGAUCCCUGUACCAGAUGACGUCAUCCUGUCCAGAAUACACACGGUUAUGGGUAGCCUGAUGCUAGCUGAAGUUAUCCACACGCUAAUCGGAGUUACAGGAUGUGUCGGCUUUCUGCUACGGUUCAUAGGCCCCGUGACAAUCGUUCCUGCUAUCUUACUGGCUGCCUUGUACUUGUUUAAAGUGACCGUGAAGUAUUCACAGAUGCAUUGGGGAGUUGCUUUUGCAACUGUAGCCAUUGGCGUUGCACUGUCCCUCUACCUUAGACGCGUGAAGAUUCCGCUUCCAUUUUGGACUCCAAAACGAGGCUGUCACAUCAUUAGGUCCCAGUUUCAUACAGUGUACGCGGUCCUUAUAUCUAUAUUAAUGGGAUGGGGUUUGUCCGCCAUCUUGACUGGAAGUGGUGCUUUGUCCUCGGAUCCUGAAAGUCCCCAGUACUACGCCCGCACGGACUCACGAACAUACGUCAUCAGGGACAGUGGAUGGUUCUAUGUUCCUUAUCCCGGUCAGUUUGGCAUGUUCACAUUCAACGCGGGGGUGUUUGGCAGCUUCCUUGUGUCUUCACUCCUGUCGAUCAUCGACUCGAUCGCUGACUACAGCGCAUGCGCACGUAUUUGUCACGUGCCUCCACCCCCAGCACACGCGGUGAACAGGGGCGUGGCCGUAGAAGGCGUCAUUAGCAUCCUGACUGGUGGAAUGGGCAUCGGUAAUGCUACGUCUUCAUAUGGAGGCAAUAUUGGCACUAUUGGUUUGACCAAAGUUGCCAGUCGCCGGGUUAUGCAGUGUGUGGGAAUCAUAUUCAUCGUAUUUUCCGUACUCCCCAAGAUCGGAGCUGUGUUUGUGACUAUUCCCUACCCGGUUGUGGGAGGAUCAAUGGUUGUUCUGAAUGGUCUGCUGGUGGGCGUGGCUCUGUCAAAUCUACAGCCGGUAGAUCUAUCAGCUACCAGGAAUCUUGCGAUUAUUGGAAUGUCUCUGUUUGUGGGCAUGAUGGUGCCCUACUGGGCCGGGAACACUCCGGCUGGAUUCAAUACAGGCAACGCGAACGCUGAUUCAGUACUGAAGGUUCUUGUGUCAAAUCCAAUGUUCAUUGGCGGAGGUUUGGCCUGCAUUCUGGACAAUACAAUUUAUGGCACACGCAAGGAGCGAGGUUUGGAUUGGUGCGAGGAAGCCUCUACCAAACAUCCGGGUCAUAAGAGGCCAGCAGACUUCCCGUAUGAGGAAGGAAUUGAAGUGUACGAGCCAUUGUUCAUCCCGGAAAGCUGGAAGCGAUCUAAGUGGACCCGAUUUUUCCCGGUCAUACCAAAUCACAAUGUGGUAUAA